AUGCCUGUACCACCCCAGACACAAAAGCAGACACCAGAAGAAGGAGAGCUUAGCGAAGGCGAAUUUGAAGAUCUAUAUGAGCCUAAAGAUAAUAUUGAUAUCGCCAUACCAACUCCUCCAUCUCCUCGACCCCCAAGUGUGAUGGAAAACCAAAAUGGAAGCGUUGGGGAUGCCGACGGGUCUUCCAUAUAUGAUGGCACAACACCUCGAGGUGAAGCUGUCAUUAAUAGCACAUCUACGUCGCUUCCUACGGCCGAACGAGCAUAUUCACCGGACGAGGACUGGGAGCCUUCUUACCAAGAACGCGAGAGAUCCGGUUCGUACUCUCCCUACUUGUCUCCUAGAGAGAUCCAGCGCAAGGUGUCAGUGAGCAAGCCCGUAUCUCAGGGAAUUAAGCCAGAAGCAAAAAAGAAGGCACAGGAAGCUAUCCUUGGCCUAUGGCCCCUUAAGGUCCGAUAUCAAGAUUAUAUCGAGGAAGGACUCGAUGAGAAGGUUAUCAAAGGCUUGUUCACGGAUUUGGGCCUAGAGGCUUCAAUACCAAAACCUGCUACAGCUCAAAAGACCGCAAUUGACUUGCAGGUUCCAGCUGCGCCCUCUAAUCUUUCUCAGACUGCACCCGAGUCACAGAACCCCAAAAUUCAGUCGCCAAUUAUGUCAAAGUCGAAGCCAUCUACAAUAGUCGAAACUACAGUAGAUACCAGCACCACUAGUGAUACAAAACCUACUAAAAAGACUGCCGCCGAAGAACGGAAAGACAAAAUUGCUCGGAAAUUAGCGGCAAAGGCACAGAAGACCGCAAAAGCGGUCCAACCUCCUGCAUCAACACCACCAUCUCAACCAGCUUCGACAAAUUUAGGCGCUGUAGUUUCUACGGGUGCGUCACCGGUAAAACAAAAGACACGGGCCGAGAAUAACGCACUUCUUCACCAAAAGCUCGCCAAGUUGAAGAAAGCGCAGGAGAAAGCCCUAGCCGAAAAGCUGGCUGCUGAUAAUACAGCUAAACCCAUGACGCCUCCAUCUCUUCCCACAAGUAACCCACCCACGAUUUCUUUAUCAAAAAAUAACACAGAAUCGUCCACGAAUGUUACCACGGUCGCGAUAUCUGUGCCAGAAGCAGAUAGGCGUUCUAUGUCUACGGAAAAGAGUUUACCAAGGGAUGGAGGUAUCCCAGGUUUAUUUCUAACUACUCAACCAGCGCAGUCAAGCAACCGCAACCUAAAACGACCGGUAGCAUCGGAUUUUGAUAAUUAUUCAACCCCCACCGGCGCGCUCAAGCGAACCCGCACUCAGGAAACGUUAAUUAUUGAUGUUAGUGAUGAUGAGGACGUUGAAAUGGACAUUGCUUCGCCUACCGAUGAGCCCAAUUCGUUUAGUGAGAUAAUCAAUCCUCGACAAAUUCCACUCGCGGCGUUCCCGCCGCUGUCUGAUUCUCAAAACCGGAAACAACGUUCAAGUCCUAGCUCAAGUACGGCUCCAACACCACCUGUGCACGGAGCCAAACUAGAUUUAUUGCAUAAACGCAUCGAGGAGACGAAGCGAUUAAUUGCUGAAGCAGAAGCUAAGAAGGCUGCCAAAAAGACGAAUGCUCCUCAAUCACCUCAGACCCAACCUUCAGUAGUAGAAUCUACCACACCCCUUAAAUUUUCGGAACCUUCCCCGGUACAAAAAAGAGUUGGAGCCGCCGACGUGAAGAGACGCGAUAGGAUCGUGAGCUAUGAGUUGCCAACCGUGGAGGCCACCCUAAAAGAAAAGCAGGAUAGAUUACGGGAAGCCGUUGCCCAAGCAGCUCAGCUUGAGCUCGAAAUUCAGGCGAGUAUGGAACAACGGCGCAAACUAGCUGAUGAAGUGGAGCGGUUGGCGGUCCCUGCAGAGCCAAUACCUAUCGAAAUAAGUACGCCAAAUCAACUCGUCCCCUCCGGUCACGUUGAAUCACAGCCUCCUAGUGAGCAGCAGCCAAACUCCGAAGAUACGACAGAUCUUUCUAUGACCGAGGGAGACAUAACUCAGCAUGACCAGCCAGUUGAAUCAAAUGAUGCACAACUUGAUUUGGAUCCAUCUCAGUCUGUUUCUCUGACUGAUAAUGAGCUUGCUGCUGUCCAAUUAUCUCAAGGACUUGCUCUAGUCAAUGGAGAAUCUCAUACUGAGGCUAGCAUAGAUGGAGUAUCGCAGAAUAACUUCACGGAUGCAUCGACCGAAGAGAGCCGGGCUAUCCCUAACAUAAUAGCCGAUGUUUCAGAAGUCCAGGUUGAUAGACAGGAUCUGUUCAAGCAAGAUGUUUCCGAGCGACCGUCCCGAGAGCCUUCUCCAAGCAACGAUGGAUCCUACCGGCCACAAUCUAUGCCGGCAUCUCCUACCCAUGACCACCCCUUAGGACCUCAGGACACCAGCACAAAGACACUCGCACCACAAGAACAAAUUACCCCAUACACUGACGAGCAACUCAAUCGUGAAGUACUUCAUGAGACUGGCCCGGUUCAACCGGGCGAGGAAUCGGCUUUGUCCGCACCCGAAAACCCGAGUGGAGAAGUACAGAACAGCUCUUCUUAUGAGCACCCCUUACUGACUGCUAGCCAGGAUGAGUCUGAAAAGCCAGCCCAACUAGAGGACCUGCUUUCUUAUCAUAGUCCUCUUGGAUAUUUCCGUGCAUAUAGAUUCCAUCCCAAGUACUUCGAUGAAGUAGCGGGUGGGCUGAAGUCAAUGACUUAUAGUUCCAAGAUUGACCCCAUGCGGCCAAUAUGCCCGCGUGUGCUAGCGGGAGAACAGUGUCUCAAUGGUAAUGCUUGCGAGUUCCAGCACUUUGAGAACAUGGUGCUUCCUGAUGCCGAGAUCAUCACACAACUCGGCUCCGCCGAUAUGUUCACCGGUGAAACGAGAAACAGAUUCAUUGAGGGCUUGAAGAAAGUUCUUAACGAACUGAAGGCCAAUAAAGUUAAGGACUUCGAUCGCAUUACGAAAGCCAUCGUUAAGCACAGACAAGAAUUCCUCGAGGACAAGUCCAAAGUCUUGCCACUCGAUGCUGGCAGCAGUUAA